AACAGCUUUGGAAAAAUGGCGGCCCCCAUGACUUGGAGGAGACUUGUGUACUCUGUUUACACUCCGGCUCUCUCUGGAAUUUUCUCUAAAAUUUCGGACAGGUUCUUUAGGACACGUGACAGAAGAAGAGGGUCCACACUGCUGCUCCUGGCACCUCUCCUGGCAGAUACAGACUCUCUGGUGUCCAGACUGCCAGGCUCCACUGAGGGUCUCCACACACGCUUCCACUGGAUUGCUGACCAUGUGCCAGCAUUCAGAGUUCCAGGGGGCCGUAUACACGUCCUCCACUCCCCUGAUGAGUUCUAUCAGGCGAUGAAGGCACGAAUCAAGACAGCCAGAAGUAGAGUAGUGAUUGCAUCCUUGUAUCUUGGCACAGGACCACUAGAGCAAGAUCUUGUUGAUUGUAUGGAGCAGGCACUCAAACGCUCUCAGGAAGAAGUUGCUGCUGAUUUAAAAGUGUCUGUGCUACUUGACUACACACGGGGAUCAAGAGGAAAGAAUAACUCUCGAACUAUGCUGUUGCCGUUGCUGCAGCGUUUUCCAGAGCAGAUGCGUGUGUCUUUGUAUCACACUCCAGACCUGCGUGGGCUGCUACGCCUCCUGGUGCCUGAACGCUUCAAUGAGACUAUUGGCGUACAGCAUAUCAAGGUUUACCUGUUUGACAACAGUCUCAUCAUCAGUGGAGCUAAUCUAAGUGAAUCGUACUUCACUAAUCGCCAAGAUCGGUAUGUGCUGUUGGAGGACUGCCAAGAGGUGGCUGAUUUCUUUGCAGAGUUAGUGGGAGCAGUGGGCGACGUAUCCCUGCAGCUUGCACCUGAUGACAGUGUUCACAUGAUGGAAGGAAUGGUGCACCCUUACAAAGGUAAUCGGGUAGAUUUCUCAGCUUCAGCACAGCGGCGGAUUAUGGACGUAAUGAAUUUAGCCAAGACACGACAGCACAUGCAGGAGUUGGAUUCUUUCUCAAAUGUGGAAUGUCAAGAAGAGCACAGUGACACGUGGGUUUUCCCACUUGUGCAAAUGAAACCUUUGGGUAUCCAGUUGGAUGAGGAGGUAACACAGAAACUGCUGAUGGAGGCCGAUGGGGACUCCACAGUCUAUCUAACAUCAGGCUACUUUAACCUGACACAAACCUACAUGAGACUAGUACUGGGAGCUGCCGCAGAUUACCGUAUCCUCAUGGCCUCACCAGAGGUCAAUGGUUUUUUUGGGGCCAAAGGUGUAGCAGGUGCCAUUCCCGAAGCUUACAUUCACCUUGCCCAUCAGUUCUAUAGCAAGGUGUGUGAACUGGGUCAACAGGAUAGAGUCCACCUUCAUGAGUACCAUCGGCCUGAUUGGACUUUCCAUGCCAAAGGACUCUGGUACUACCUGGAAGGAAACAACCACCCCUGCCUGACUCUUAUAGGCUCACCCAAUUUUGGUUAUCGCUCUGUGCACAGAGACAUAGAGGCUCAGAUAGCCAUAGUAACAGAAAAUGAUGAACUCCAGACUCAACUGCAACAGGAGCAAGACAUGUUGUACCGGAGGUCCACAGAGGUGUCCGGCUCCACCUUUAAACAACCUAACCGUUACGUGAAGUUAUGGGUGAAACUGGUCACUCCUCUAAUUAAGAACUUCUUCUGAGACACUGCAUGCCUGAG